CACCCCCCCUCUCCCCCUCCCCGAUGCGCAUCCUCGUACAAACCCUCACCCACCUCGUCCCCAGCAAUACCAGUCCAGACAUCACCAAAAAAACAGAACCCUACACCGCCAAACUCCUCUCCAUGCUGAAUCUCAUCUGCAAAUUCAUCUGGAAUAGUGGCUUCCAACCAGGCGUCCAACGAUGGUACACGUAUGGCGAUGAGUUCGGGUAUAAUAACCGGAUGUGUUUCUUUUUGCUUGAUGUUGGGGAUGAGGAUGAGGAGAAAGUCCCGAUUCAAUGCUAUGAAUGGGAUGGGGAGGUUUUUACAUCUAACCCCACUCUCCUCGAAUCGCAUGAAAUCCAAUCCGAGUUAAACGAAAUCCCAUUUACACCGCGGCCUUUCACGCAAGAGGAAAGAGAGGCAAGAGAAAAGACGCCUGUUCAGAGGAUCGUGAGACGGAGGUUACGCAAAGCGCAGUUCAUCCCGCUUGAGGAAUUGGAGUAUAUGAGGGAUCAUCCCGAGGAGAUGGAGUGGUUGGAACGGAAGGUGAAGCCGAGGUUUUGGGGGAAGUUUUUGGAACAGUUGGAAGGCAUUGAGAGGUUGAGGGCGGAGGAGGAUGAACAGAGGAGGUUGAGGAGGGAGUGGGAGGAGGCGGUGGAGAGGGAGGAGAGGGUGAAGAGGAAUUUGGAGGGGUGAUUUUAUUUUUUGGGUUGGUUGGGAUAUGUAUGGGUAUUUGUGUUUUGGGAGGGUUGGUGGUGGGUUAUUUUUGAUGGGUGUAGAUGGGUUGGGUGAUGGUUUUGAUAGUAUUAGAUAGGGGGUUGGAUUUUUGAUUGUGUAUGGGUUGGGUGGUAUUGAACUUGUGUCUUGGUGAUUUGUAUGGUUCGUUAGUUGUACUUUUGAUCAGGAAAAGAAGUGAUGAUGCUUGUCUCUGGGGAAGAGAUAUGGCGACAUGUAGUAUGGAUGAAAAUCUUGUGAAUAUAUAAGGAC